AUGGUUGAUGGAGAAAACGAGGUGCCCCCCCUGCCCCCCAGAUUCAGGUUCAGGGAUCUGCUGCAAGGAGAACAGACCUGGCCAAACGAAGACAAGGUGCAAGUUGAAUUCUACACCAAUGAGAACACUGUGAAAGAAAGACUCAAGCUGUUCUUCAUCAAAAAUCAAAGAUCAAGUCUCCGAAUACGUUUUUUCCACUUCUCUCUCAAGCUGCUGAGCUGCUUUUUGUACAUAUGUCGAGUGCUAAUGCGAAGCUCAGAAAGUAAUGAGUGGCAGCACAAGGUGGUAAUUUGGGUGGACCGUGGUGUUGAACUAUGGGCUCUGCAGGUGUCUGUUGCAGUUGUAUGUCUGUCUGAGACGCUGUUGCUAACCUACCUAAGUUACAAGGGGAACAUGUGGGAGCAGAUACUUCACAUAACGUUCCUCCUGGAGAUCAUCAACACGGUGCCCUUUCUGAUAACGCUUUUCUACUUUCCUCUUCAUAAUCUAUUCGUCCCUGUGUUCCUCAACUGCUGGCUGGCCAAACAUACACUGGAAAACAUGAUAAAUGAUUUUCAUCGUGUUAUACAGCGGACGCAGUCAGCCAUGUUCAAUCAGGUCCUGAUCCUGAUCUCCACGCUCCUGUGCCUCAUAUUCACCUGUAUAUGUGGGAUCCAGCACCUGGAGCGUGCCGGACGGAAUCUGAGUCUUUUUGACUCCAUCUACUUCUGCAUUGUGACCUUUUCAACUGUGGGGUAUGGAGACGUCUACCCAAAGAUCUGGCCCUCUAAACUGCUGGUGGUCAUCAUGAUAUCUGUGGCUCUUGUGGUGCUUCCUGUCCAGUUCGAGCAGUUGGCAUAUCUGUGGAUGGAACGUCAGAAGUCUGGGGGGAAUUACAGCAGACGCAGAGCCGAGACGGAGAGGCACGUGGUGCUGUGCGUCAGCUCACUCAAAAUCGACCUGCUCAUGGACUUCCUCAACGAGUUUUAUGCCCACCCCAAGCUCCAGGACUACUACGUCAUCAUCCUGUGUCCGACGGAGGUGGACACUCGGGUGCGCCGGGUGCUGCAGAUCCCCCUUUGGUCUCAGAGGGUCAUUUACCUGCAGGGUUCUGCCCUCAAAGACAAAGACCUCUUCAGGGCCAAGCUGGACAAUGCUGAGGCAUGUUUUAUCCUGAGCAGUCGAUGUGAAGUUGACCGCACUGCAGCAGACCACCAGACCAUUCUCCGUGCUUGGGCAGUGAAGGACUUUGCCCCAAACUGCCCCUUGUAUGUCCAAAUCCUCAAACCAGAGAACAAAUUUCAUGUGAAAUUUGCGGAUCACGUGGUUUGCGAAGAGGAGUUUAAGUACGCUCUGCUGGCCCUGAACUGCAUCUGCCCUGCCACCUCCACCCUCAUCACCCUCCUAGUACACACCUCCCAGGGCCUGGAAGGCCAGCAGUCUCCAGAGCAGUGGCACAGGAUCUACGGCAGGUGUUCAGGCAACGAGGUUUACAACAUCGUCCUGAAAGACAGCGUCUUCUUCACAGAGUACGAGGGCAAGAGCUUCACCUACGCUACAUUCCACGCGCAGAAGAAGUAUGGCGUUUGUCUGAUUGGAGUCUGCCGUGGAGACAGUAAAACCAUCCUCCUCAACCCUGGCCGUCAGUACACCAUGCACGCCUCAGACAUGUGCUUCUACAUUAGCAUCACCAAGGAGGAGAACUCCAGGUUCAAGUUCCAGGGGGACCGCUGCAAAAAAGACUCCAAAACUCGUCUUCCAGUGCAUAGCAUCAUUGCUAGCAUGGGCACUGUGGCUAUCAACCUGCAGGACACCAGCGACACGCCGAGCCGCAGCUCUACGCUCUCUGUUCCAUCCGAGCCCUUCAAAUGCAGCAGCAAGAGACCCAGCAUCGCCACCGUUCUGGAGGUGCCAGUGUCCCCCGUCCUGCACGCCGGUGAAAGUGACCAGUCCGAAGAUGAGGCUGCACCGUUUUGGGAGGACCAAUCCAGUGACGUGUACAUCACGGGCUACCCUCCUAAUUUACCCUACAUCGGAAGCUCGCAGACGUUUUGCCAUUUAUUAAAAGAGAAAAUGCCUCAUUGUUGUCUGCGACUGGAAAAGGGCUGUCAACACAACCACUGUGAAGACGCCAAAGCGUACAGCUUCUGGAACAAGCCGAUCAUCGUGUCUGCGGAGACGGCGGGGAACGGCCUGUACAACUUCAUCCUGCCUUUACGAGCCUCAUACAGACCCAAGAAGGAGCUGAACCCCAUCAUCCUGCUGCUGGACAACCCGCCUGAUGCACAAUUUCUUGAGACCAUCUGCUGGUUCCCAAUGGUGUACUACAUGGUGGGAUCAAUGGACAGUCUGGAUGACCUGCUACGCUGUGGCGUCUCUUUUGCUGCUAACAUGGUGGUGGUGGACAAGGAGAGCACCAUGACCGCCAAAGAGGACUACAUGGCCGACGCCAAAACCAUCGUCAAUGUUCAGACCCUCUUCAGGUUAUUCCCGAGCCUCAGCAUCAUCACUGAGCUCACUCAUCCAGCCAACAUGAGGUUUAUGCAGUUCAGGGCAAAAGACUCUUAUUCUCAGGAGCUCUCUAAACUGGAGAAGAAGGAGAAGAAGAAGGGCUCCAACCUGGCCUUCAUGUUUCGUCUGCCGUUUGCAGCGGGAAGGGUGUUUAGCGUCGGCAUGCUGGAUACUCUCCUCUACCAGUCAUUUGUGAAGGACUAUGUGAUAACCAUCACCAGACUCUUGCUUGGCCUGGACACAACGCCGGGAUCCGGCUUCCUGUGUUCUAUGCAGAUCACCGAGGACGAUCUCUGGAUCCAGACGUACGGCAGACUGUACCAAAAACUCUGCUCCACUGUUGGAGAUAUUCCUAUCGGCAUCUACAGGACCGAGUCUCAGAGGCCUGAAUCUCUCGAGUCCCAGCUGUCUGUGAAUGUGGAUGAGUUUGAAGACGUGAGGGAGCAGCCGCGGAGGAAGUGGGCUCGGCGCCUCAGCCGCAUGGGCCCACGGCUCUCAGGCCGCGGGGCUGAGAGAUGCGGGCAGCAGCGGGCCAGUCUGCUCCCUCGCUCCGAACGCCAGGAGCUGGCCGAGGUCGUCAAGAAGCGCAUGCAGAACCUGGGCCUCUACACAGCAAGCCUCGAUGACAUGAACGGCAGCCAAAGCAGUCACUCAUAUGUCUUAAUCAACCCGCCACCCGACACGAGACUAGAGCUUCAUGACAUUGUAUACAUAGUCCGUGAGGAUCCACUCUCCUUCAUUCCGAGCAGGAAGAGUAGUCUGGGGAACACGUCGUGGACAGGAGAUUAAAUCUGAUCACAGAUCAGCUCCAAUCAACAACACGAAAUGCCGGCAGUUCGGCAUAAAGCAAGGCUGGGGCUUCGCUUCUGCCCAACGCUGUGUUCAGGUGCUCAUCAGCACAACGUACCAGAUGCUUAAUCAGUCAUUUCACCUCUUCACAGAGCCUCAAAGCUGACAUGGUGAACAUCUUUCAUUAGCCAUGGCCACAAAUUACUAUAGUGAGGCCACACGGAACUGAGAAACUUAACUAAGCCUCGUUAUAUUAAUUGCGGGCAUAAAUGUAGCAUGUUGUGGCCACGCCUUAUUUAAAUCAAUCAUGUCGCCUUAGGGGCUCCGUAAUCUGAAGACACAGUCAUAGAGCAGAACCAGAAAACAUACUUCUGCUUAAUUAUAUUUAAAUAUAAAGCUCAUCAGGAUGUUCUUACUUUAUGCAAAAUCGGGUGAAAUCAGAACCGGAAAGUUUCCAUCAGUUUCGAUGAAAAGCCAUAUUUGUCACAUCUGGUAAACUCCUUUGGUUUUCAGUAACGAAGGCCACAUAGUACCUUAUAAUUAUGGCUAAGCAUCUCAUGAUAAUGAGUUAAUAAUAUGACCCCUCAUGAUUAUGGAAUGCUGUUAUUAUUGUUAGAUAUGAAGUCAUAGUUAAUAAUGAGGUAGGAUCUCUUCAUGACAAUAUAAUGACUGAACGCAUCUCAUUAUUAUAAGAAGUCAUAAUGUAAACUGUCAUUAUGAGAUGCUAAGUCAUAAUUAUGAGAUACUAAGUCAUGGGAUACUGUCAUAAUUAUGAAAUAGUACGCAAGUCAUUAUUAUGACAUGCUAAAUCAUACAUCUUAAUUAUGCCACAAACUCGUUAUGAAAAAGGCUUUUUUUUAUGAGGUGCUUAUUAUGAGAUGCUGAGUCACAACUGUGAGAUACUAAGUCAUACGUAUGAGAUAUGAAGUCAUAACUUUGUCAUAAUUGAGAUAGGAUCUCACUUCCAUGACGUAAUAAA